GCCGCGCGUGCGCAGAGGACUCGCUGCACCGCCGCCGUCCCUCCGCAGUGACGUCAGCCGAACGCCGAGGAGAUCCCGACCGGUUUCCCACCGCUCUGUGGAGUCGGCGGUGUGUCGUUGGUGUCCCUAUCGAGCUGGGUCAGGAGGGCGCGGAGCGGUGAAGCCCUUCCCGAGCCGCGGCGUAGAGGCGGUUCGCGGCGGCUGGAGCGGGGAGGCGCGAGCCGGCGCGGUCGCGGCGGGCGGCGCGGGCGGAGCGCGAGCGAGCGUGACCUACAGCACUGAGCAUCUGAAACUCCCUGCUUCCAGAUCCUGAACCAGAAAAACAAUACUAAAACCCUUUCUUCGGAACAUCCUGGUGUUUGCUCUGAGCUGGUCUUUCCUUGAACCUCCUGGAAGCAAGAGUGUUAGUGCAUAAGUGCGGACUGCACAUCUAGUCUCUGAUACUAGGGAAGAGAAGAUGGCGAUGACCUCGACAACUGUAGUGGUUCCUGCAGAGUGGAUCAAGACCUGGGAAAAAUCUGGGAGAGGCGAGUUUUUGCGUUUGUGCCGGAUUCUCAGUGAAAGUAAAAGCCGAGACACUUUUGCUUGGAGAGAUUUCCAACAAGCACUCUAUGAGUUGUCAUACCAUGUCAUUAAAGGAACUUUAAAGCCCGAACAGGCCUCAAAUGUUCUUAAUGACAUCAGUGAAUUUCGAGAAGAUAUUCCAUUUAUUCUUGCUGAUAUAUUCUGCAUAUUAGAUAUUGAGACGAAUUGUCUAGAAGAAAAAAGCAAAAGAGAUCAUUUUACACAACUGAUAUUAGCAUGUUUAUAUUUAGUCUCAGACACAGUUCUAAAGGAACGCUUGGAUCCAGAAACAUUGGGGUCAUUGGGCCUUAUCAAACAAUCGCAGCAGUUCAAUCAAAAAUCAGUUAAGAUCAAAACGAAACUCUUCUAUAAACAGCAGAAAUUCAAUUUGCUAAGAGAAGAAAAUGAAGGUUAUGCCAAGCUGAUUGUUGAAUUAGGGCAAGAUUUAUCUGGAAAUAUCACUAGUGAUUUAAUCUUAGAAAUUCUCAAAUCUUUAAUAGGGUGCUUUAAUCUAGAUCCCAAUAGAGUUUUGGAUAUCAUUUUAGAAGUGUUUGAAUGCAGGCCAGAACACCAUGAUUUCUUUAUAUCUUUAUUAGAAGCUUAUAUGAGUAUGUGUGAACCACACACACUGUGUCAUAUUCUUGGGUUCAAAUUCAAGUUUUACCAGGAGCCAAAUGGUGAGACCCCAUCUUCCUUGUAUAGAGCUGCAGCAGUGCUCCUGCAGUUUAACCUUAUCGAUUUGGAUGAUCUCUAUGUGCACCUUCUUCCAGCUGAUAGCUGCAUUGUGAGUGAAUACAAACGGGAAAUUGUGGAAGCUAAGCAAAUUGUUAAAAAACUUACAAUGGUUGUAUUGCCUUCCGAAAAAAGUGAUGAACGAGAAAAAGAAAAGAAAAAAGAUGAUAAGGUAGAGAAGGCACCUGACAACCAAAAACUUGGUUUGUUGGAAGCCUUGUUAAUUAUUGGUGAUUGGAAACAUGCACAAAGUAUUAUGGACCAUAUGCCUCCAUACUAUGCAACAUCACAUAAAGUAAUAGCCCUUGCUAUUUGCAAUCUUAUACACAUAACUAUUGAGCCUAUUUACCGAAGAGUUGGUGUCCCUAAAGGUGCCAAAGGCUCACCUGUCAAUGCUUUACAAAACAAGAAGGCACCAAAGCAAGCAGAGAGCUUUGAAGACUUAAGGAGAGAUGUAUUCAGUAUGUUCUAUUACCUUGGUCCUCACCUUUCUCAUGAUCCCAUCUUAUUUGCAAAGGUUGUGCGCAUAGGCAAGUCAUUUAUGAAGGAAUUUCAGUCUGAUGGGAAACAAGAAAAUAAAGAGAAAAUGGAAGCUAUUCUUAGUUGUUUGCUUAGCGUUACUGACCAGGUACUGCUUCCUUCUCUUUCUUUAAUGGAUUGCAAUGCGUGCAUGUCUGAGGAACUAUGGGGAAUGUUUAAAACAUUUCCUUAUCAACAUAGAUAUCGCUUAUAUGGACAGUGGAAGAAUGAGACUUACAACAGCCAUCCACUUUUAGUGAAAGUUAAAGCUUAUACAAUAGAUCGAGCCAAAUACAUCAUGAAGCGCCUAACAAAGGAAAAUGUGAAGCCUUCAGGAAGACAGAUUGGGAAAUUGAGCCACAGUAAUCCAACCAUUUUGUUUGAUUAUAUCUUGUCACAAAUACAGAAGUAUGAUAACUUAAUAACCCCUGUGGUAGACUCAUUGAAAUACCUCACUGCGUUGAAUUACGAUGUUUUAGCCUAUUGUAUCAUUGAAGCACUAGCUAAUCCAGAAAAAGAAAGGAUGAAACAUGAUGACACAACCAUCUCCAACUGGCUUCAGAGUCUGGCUAGUUUCUGUGGUGCAGUUUUUCGUAAAUACCCAAUUGAUCUUGCUGGUCUUCUUCAGUAUGUAGCCAAUCAGUUAAAGGCAGGCAAAAGUUUUGAUCUACUUAUAUUGAAAGAAGUAGUACAAAAAAUGGCAGGAAUAGAAGUUACAGAGGAAAUGACAAUGGAGCAGCUUGAGGCUAUGACAGGUGGGGAACAACUGAAAGCUGAAGGUGGAUAUUUUGGCCAGAUUAGAAACACUAAAAAAUCCUCUCAGAGAUUAAAGGAUGCACUACUGGACCAUGAUCUUGCCCUUCCUCUUUGUUUGCUCAUGGCACAGCAAAGGAAUGGGGUGAUAUUUCAGGAAGGCGGAGAGAAACAUUUGAAACUUGUGGGAAAGCUAUAUGACCAGUGUCAUGAUACCUUGGUACAGUUUGGUGGGUUUUUAGCAUCAAAUCUAAGCACAGAUGAUUACAUAAAGAGAGUUCCUUCAAUUGAUGUGCUUUGUAAUGAAUUUCAUACACCCCAUGAUGCAGCAUUUUUUCUGUCUCGGCCAAUGUAUGCACACCAUAUUUCAUCAAAGUAUGAUGAACUUAAGAAAUCAGAAAAGGGUAGUAAGCAGCAACAUAAAGUUCAUAAGUACAUUAUGUCAUGUGAGAUGGUGAUGGCUCCUGUCCAUGAAGCAGUGGUCUCGUUACAUAUCUCCAAAGUCUGGGACGAUAUCAGCCCUCAGUUCUAUACCACAUUCUGGUCUCUGACCAUGUAUGACCUUGCAGUGCCACAUACCAGCUAUGAACGGGAAGUCAAUAAACUGAAGAUCCAAAUGAAAGCAGUUGAUGACAGUCAAGAAAUGCCUCUAAAUAAAAAGAAAAAGGAGAAAGAGCGCUGCACUGCCUUGCAGGACAAGCUUCUUGAAGAGGAGAAGAAACAGACGGAGCAUGUACAGCGAGUUCUACACAGGCUGAAAUUAGAAAAGGACAACUGGCUCUUAGCAAAAUCUACUAAAAAUGAGACCAUCACAAAAUUUCUCCAGUUGUGUAUAUUUCCUCGAUGUAUUUUUUCAGCAAUUGAUUCUGUUUACUGUGCUCAUUUUGUUGAGUUAGUCCAUCAACAGAAGACUCCAAAUUUUUCCACACUUCUUUGCUAUGACCGAGUUUUUUCAGACAUAAUUUACAUGGUUGCUAGCUUUACUGAAAAUGAAGCUAGUCGAUAUGGGAGAUUUCUUUGCUGCAUGUUAGAGACUGUGACUAGGUGGCACAGCGACAGAUCUACCUAUGAGAAGGAAUGUGGAAACUAUCCAGGAUUCCUUACUAUAUUACGAGCAACUGGAUUUGAUGGUGGAAAUAAAGCUGAUCAGCUAGAUUAUGAGAAUUUUCGACAUGUUGUACAUAAAUGGCAUUACAAACUAACCAAGGCAUCGGUACAUUGCCUCGAAACAGGUGAAUAUACACAUAUCAGGAAUAUCUUGAUUGUACUAACAAAAAUACUACCAUGGUACCCCAAGGUUUUAAAUCUGGGUCAGGCUUUGGAAAGAAGAGUGCAUAAAAUCUGCCAAGAAGAAAAAGAAAAGAAACCAGAUCUAUAUGCAUUAGCAAUGGUCUACUCUGGGCAGCUGAAAAGUAGAAAGUCAUACAUGAUACCUGAAAAUGAAUUUCAUCACAAAGACCCUCCUCCAAGAAAUACUGCUACCAAUCUACAACCAAGUGGGCCUUGUAGUGGGCUGCCUUCAUCUAUAGGAAGUAUGUGUAAAUUAGAUGAGAGCAGUGCUGAGGAGGCCGACAAAUCACGAGAAAGAGCUCAGUGUGCUGUGAAAGCUGCUAAUAAAGCUUCCAGUGUCACACCAAAAGGGAAUUUAAGCAAUGGAAACAGUGGCUCUAACAGCAAAGCUGUUAAGGAAAAUGACAAAGAAAAGGGCAAAGAGAAAGAGAAAGAAAAAAAAGAAAAGACCCCAGCUGUUACUCCAGAGGCCAGGGUACUUGGUAAAGACAGUAAAGAAAAACCCAAGGAAGAACAACCAAAUAAAGAUGAAAAAAUAAGAGAAGCCAAAGAAAGAAUGCCUAAAUCUGAUAAAGACAAGGAAAAAUUAAAGAAGGAAGAAAAAGCUAAAGAUGAGAAAUUCAGGAUCAUUGUUGCCAAUGUAGAAUCAAAAUCCACUCAAGAAAGGGAAAAAGAGAAAGAGCCCUCAAAAGAAAGAGAUUUAGCAAAGGAAAUGAAGUCAAAAGAGAAUGUUAAAGGAGGGGAAAAAGCACCAGUUUCUGGCUCCUUGAAAUCACCUAUUUCCCGAACAGAUAUCACAGAACCUGAAAGAGAAAAACGUCGCAAAGUUGAUUCCCAUCCUUCUCCAUCACACUCUUCCACAAUAAAGGACAGUCUUGUCAAACUUAAGGAAUCUUCAGCAAAGCUCUAUAUCAACCAUAUUCCACCACUACUGUGCAAGAGUAAAGAGAGAGAAGCAGACAAGAAAGAUUUGGACAAGUCAAGGGAAAGAUCCAGAGAAAGAGAGAAAAAAGAGGAAAAGGACAGGAAAGAGCGGAAAAGAGAUUAUUCAAACAAUGACCGAGAGGCACCCUUGGACUUAAUCAAGAGGCGGAAAGAUGAAAAUGGAAUAUUGGGGGUUUCAAAACACAAAAGUGAAAGUCCCUGUGAGUCUCUUUAUCCAAAUGAGAAAGACAAGGAAAAAAUGAAGUCAAAAUCCUCAGGCAAAGAAAAAGGUGAUUCAUUUAAACCUGAAAAGAUAGAUAAAAUAUCCAGUGGGAAAAAGGAGUCCGGACAUGAUAAGGAAAAGAUAGAGAAGAAAGAGAAAUGGGAUGGUUCUGGAGAUAAGGAAGAGAAGAAACAUCAUAAAACCUCAGACAAGCACAGAUAAUGAAGACUCAGCCAAAAGUGUGGGCAGGCCUCUGAGCUGAAGGUCUCCCCUGCUGAGGAUGCCAGAGCUCUUGGUGUCACUCUCUAAACAGUAUCUCUCUUAAUUGAGAGCCUCUGCUGCUGUCCAUCUUAUGAAAAUCCUUUAAGUCAGAAGAUGAAUAUACAUCGCUAUCCUCUCGAGACAUUGCAAAGUCACUGGCUUUCAGAACAUUAUUUUCACCUCUGGGCAGUUCCUUGCAGCAAGAUCUCUGUGCGUACAAUUUUUUCUUGAAAUAAUACCACCUAGAAACAGCAUCUAUGAAAUUUCCACCAGCUGAGUCUCAGAUCACCCUUCUUAGAAAGGGGACUUUUCUUCAACGGAGGACUUCUGGAAGGGUCUGCUGUGCAUUUCCCAAUAUAGAAGUAGGCUAUGGUGAGUUGAAGUGACUGUUCUACCUUAAAGGAGUGGUUCAGUACCAGCUAUAGAAAAUCCUGCAGGUGCUUGACAACAAAUUGGGUCUUUCAUACAUUACUUACUUAAUCUCCAUAGCAAUGUUGCAAGGUAAGUAAGAGUAUGUUUUUCUGUCACAUAGCUAAGGAAGGAGAGAAAGGAUUUUGUAUGUUUGUGGCAGUCAUCCUCCUUUAUUCUUGCUUCUUAUUUAUAUACUCUAUUUAAUGAUUCAGCAAAUAUUACAUGAGACUCUCUUAGUAUAUAUAAGACAUAGAAAGACAAAUUAUUCUGUGUUGUAUCAUUUAGUAGGAUGAUAUCAUGUACCCCCAGCUCCCAAAACAGUGCCUGGCAGAUCUUUCAAAAUCUGCUGUUGUAAAUUCAACUAAAUCCUUUCCCUAGUCAUUAAAGAAUCUACAUAGUUUACCAGAUUCAAUGCAUAUACAUUUAUUUACAAAAAAAAAAUCUUCUUGAGAGGAUUGAUAUCUUUAUUUGUAUUUACUAGCUUUUAUCUGUUCUGAAUAACUUGGACUUGAAGUAUGUCUUGCCAUAUAACUAGUUUAGUUACUUAAGGUCCUUAGAAUUAUGGUUUUUCAUCUAAUAGAUUAAUCUAUUGAGAAAGGUAAAGAGACCACAGGAUGUAGUCACAUCCCCACAGCUCUUCCUCUGAAUGCUACAUAAAAUGUGUGACCAAGUCUUAGUACAUUAGUCCUUUGGGGAGAUCACUGAUAUCCCACCUAUAACAUUCCACCUCUGAUCCUUAACAUUCUCAUGUCCAUCUUAUAAUGCAAAAUGCAUUAAGAUAUCUCCCAGUGUGCCCCAAAUCUUCCCAGUUCAAUUAUUGUUUUAAUAACAAACAAAACUCAAAGCAAAUAUUUACCUCUGUGUGGAGGUUUGAAUAGGAAUGGGCCCCAUAGAUUCAUGUGUUUGAAUGCUUGGCCCAUGAGGAGUAGCAUUAUUAGGAAGUGUAGCCUUGUUGGAGGAAGUGUUUUACGGUGGGGGUGGGCUUUGAUAUCUCCUAUGUUUAGGCUUUUCCCAGUUCAGAGGAGAUUGUCUGGCUGCCUUUGGAUCCUCCAGCACCAAAUCUGCCUGCACAAUGCCAUGCUUCCCAUCAUGAUGAAACCUUGGGUGUUUCAGAGUGGCCCUCCUGGUAUCUCUUGUUAUCUCUGCCCUGAGGUGUAGUGUAUCCUUGAAGGCAAAGUCUUCUUUUUAAUGAUGUGUGUUGAUUUUGUGAGGUUAUAUAGAUUAUUUCAUGGAAACAGUGUCAUCUAAAAAUUUAUAUUUCUAAAUUACACCAGGGUAUACCUUUUUUUUUUUUUUUUGGACAACUAGAUUAUUUGUCACCUACUCAGCUACUCAGUAGAUACUUCAUUUAGCUUUGUUGACAGGAAUUUAGUAAAAUUCAGUUUUACAGAAAAAGUACUAAGUCUUAAAAGCUGUUUUCCUGUGUUAUGACAGUUGGAUAGUUUUCAGUAGAGCAGUACUGAAAGCAAUCCAUUUUUUUAGUGCCUAAAAAGCAUAAACACACCCUCGAUCUGUGCUGCUUUGCUGAUUAGCUGCCUCCUCCCACAUCGUUGAUAAGAGAGAUUUGUACAACUCCUGUGUGCCAGGCCCUGGUCAAAGCUGAUGGUCUCUCCUCUCCCUCACAGACUGCCUCUAAGCUCUUCAGAUUCAUGAAUUUUAACAAGUCCAUGAGCCAGCUCUCAACCAUGUCAUGAUGUGCCAAAAAAACCUGAUGUUCUUCACUGUUUCCUUGGCAUAUGCCCAGUUGGCAUUCAGUUGGAUGACUUAGGUACCUUCCAGGUAUAUCAGGUGAGAAUAGCAUGCAAUGUGGAAACAUUUUGUUAUCCAGAAGGCACUGACUGACACAGACAGCCGGAGGAAAGUCUGAAACAGUAGUCACAGAACAUGACGUGGAAUGAAUUCAGAAAUUGAACAUGAUUGUCAGCACAUGAAAGGUGCCUCAGGGAGAGUGCAGUGACUGACAAGUGGUGACUGUGAGAUGCACAGGGAACAGAUGGAGCAGCUGGUGCGGUGCAUGAAAGGUCAAGUGCUGGGACUGAAGGUGUCCUGUUGCAGACAGGCCAGUGUCUCAGUGUGACCAUGAGAUUCAGCAGUCAGCCUUGCCCAGGUGUCCUCUCCAGUCUCCAGUGGACCUGGAAGUUGGAGGCAGAAGUGGGGGUGCCAGGAUCCACAUGUGUUACUGUGUGGUCCUGAGUGGAUUUGCCAUAACAAGUACAUUACUUAUGUCUGGUUUAUCAUACGAUGCUGGUCUUUAUAACUAAUCAUUAACCUUCUACACUAUUUUCCAUAAGCUUUACCCAUGGAUGAAAGAUUUUUUAACUUUUCCUCACAUGAUAGAUCUAGACUUUGAAAUAUUGAACUAAGGGGAAAAAACCUGGAAAGUAUGUUGAGAAGUACGCACAAUUGCUGCCCUGCCUAACUCUUCAGGUGACAAGUAGCUUUCUAAAGCUUGGAACUGUCAAAGGACUUCUGAGUAUGCUUCCAGCCACAAGUCAGUGCUGACAUCUUAACCAGUGUGUGGAGGAGGAGAGCAUUGGUUUCCACACUGAGGCAGCUCUGUGGUGGUUGUUCCUCUCAGGUACCCUCUACUGGUAAACUUGAACUAUACUGACAGACCAUAGCACAGCUAUGUCCCCAUUGUGCUGGAGUUUGUAUGAAUAGUUAGGAUGUUAAUACUACAUUUUUUUGCCUUCUUUCUCAUAGCUAAUGUCUAUGGAACUAGCUGUAUUACUUGUUUUUUGUUUUGUUUUUUAUUGUUAUAGCUCUGUUAAAUGGCCCCCCAAAUUUCCAGAUAGUAUCCCUAACUGCAACAGAAGAAUUUUAUGGAUCCUUAACUCACAAUAAGUUUGACUUUCAACAAUUUGUUCAGUGUGAAUAUUUUUAUGUCUUUUUCAUGCUUCCACUUACUUGAAACUCAGUUUAUUCUUAAAAACUGUCUAGUAGAACCAGCUUAUUAAGUGUUACUUUGGUAUGCAGUGAAAUGGUCAAUUAAGCAAUAUUGAAGAAAGAUACUUUGACUGUUUUGAAAUUUAUUAUGAAUCAUAAAACAAAAAUCAUUUCAUAGUAUUUCAGAGAUAAAGUCUCAACUGUUCUUAGUCCAGUAUGUCAGUAGAAUUUAUAGUGCAAAUAAAAUUUGCUUAAUUAAAAGAUUUUUUUUGAAAGUCCGUCUAUUAUCAGAAAGCACCAGGAAGAAGUUGUAUUAGUAGCUGCUGUUUUCAUUGGAAGAGUUUUUCAUUAAAUUUCUGUGUAAAAUCUAUUCUUAAUAAGAGAUUUUGUUUGUUUUCCAAACAUACUAUAUAGUAUGAUCUUUUGCAAUCGAAAUGGAUAAGGAAGAAACGAGUGAGGGCUGGUGAUGGUCUUAUAACCACUACAGAAACUCUGUGUUUAGUGCUGUAUCUUGUCUUCAUUCUCAUGUUGAUUAAUUACUAGAUGUUGUCAGUCAUGUCUCCAAUGAAAACAGGAGUGAUAGGGCUUUCUGAGUCAGUUGAUGAAUGAAUCAUACUAAUUUUUAGCAGUUUUUUCAUAUAAUUUUGUCUCCAUCUUUUCAGUAUGUUGACCAAGUUCUUCUAGGUGGUAAAGUUUGUGUUCCAGGUAUAUUGAGUUUAUGUAUUUAUCAUGUAUGCACUAUUGUUAGGUGAAAACAUACUUCAACUUGAUGGGCAGCUAUUAUUCAGUAUUCAUGUAUACUAAUGUUGAUAUAUAUUAGAUACUGUGUUUUACUAUACCUACAAGGUUAUACAAAAUUCUUUUCUUUUACUCAUGAGUUCCAUUUGUUUGGAUUUUUGGUUUGUUUAGAUUUUUUUUCUUCGUGUGUUAAAAAAUAUAGUUUAAUGCUUUUCCUGGUACCUUGCCCUUUGUUGGCAUAAUUGGAAUAUAAAUCGUUCAAAUCUCCACAAUUAAGAGUUUCAGAAAUAUGUGAUACUGGCCACUUGACUUAAUAAAGACUAGAUAUACAAAACAGGUAGAAAAAAAAUACCUAUUUCCUCACUAAAAACAAUUGAAUAUUUUUCUUAUUAUUAGCAAAUAUUAGUAAUAGCAUAGACUAUGAAUAAUUUCUAUAUGUUUUGGCAAGCACAUAGUGAGACAAUGCUUAUUACAGUAAGUACGCAUUUCAGUUAACUAACUGGGCACUGUAAUUCCAAUAGGGCUGUAAUGCAUGGAAACUCACUCUUCAGAUUCCUUAGAGCUGUAACCUGAGACAGUUGAAGGGCCCAUAGUUCAUUUGGGAGGUGUAGAUAGUAGUGAAGCUGAGGAAGCCUGGAAAGGAAAGGUGUACAGAGGGUGUGCUGUCAAGCUGGCUAACACUGCAGGAUGCUAGAACUGUAUUUCCUUUGUGCUACUCUGGAAAAACUAGAACACACAAUUCAGACAUACCUCAUGUGAAGAAUUGGGAUACAGAACUAGUUUGGGGCAGUGGUAGCUAUCCUGUACAGUGAACAGUUCUUGGCAACUUGUGAUCAAGAGCUGUAGCUGGACAUGAUGGCACAUGCUUGCAGUUCCAGCACCUGAGAGGUAGAAUCAGGAAGACCAGGAGUUUAGGGGGAACCUGGGCUACAUGGACUGUGUCCAAAAAAAAAAAAAAAAAAAAAAAUAGAGAAGAGCAGUAGCUGAAGAUUGGUAGACCCAGACUAUCAUUAUAAUACCCACAUCGUCCCUUACAUGUAUACUUGACAGUCCAGCCUCGUAGUACAGUCAGAUGGCAUCCUGUGCGCUUGCACUGCAUGACUGUGUAGCCCACGCAGGCAGAGCCAGGCAAGACUGAAAGGCACAAUGAGAAGACAGUGCUGUGGUUCUGACCCUGGUGGUCUUUACUAUCCAUGUGACCAGGUCUCAUCUGUAAGAUCAGAAGAUGAAUCAGUACACACCACUCUCAGGUGUGUUUGCUCUGAAGCACAUUUGAGCUGAACUUUGCGCAGAAGAGAGGAGGAGGUGCCUUGUUUUACAAAGAGGGAGGUCUGUUUAAUCAGCAAGAUGGAAAAGAUUUCUUGGCAAUUUAAAUUUUCAAAGGCAAAAAGGACAGAUGUUGUCCAGUGAAAAUUAAAAACUUACCUAAAAGGCUUUUUUAAGUUUCUACUUGAACACAUAUUUCACAACUGCAGGUUUGGGCUUCUUUUUCCCUUAUGUUACAUCAUGAACAUGCCACAUGUUAACGUGUAUAAUAUACAAAGUAUGUAAUGUAAUGUAAAUUGAUAUUGUAUGACUGGUUAUAUCUACAUAUUAAUACUAAAUUAUGAAUGUAUAAUUGAUGUGAAAUAAAACACAUCCCUGAUAUUGAA